UUUCAAGCUACUUACUCAUUUUCCAACAUAUUCUCUCAUUUCCCCCUGCUACCUGUACAAAAACCAGUAAACAAAAUGAGUUCUUCAGGUUUCAAGUUUACCUUGCUUAUGCCUCUUAUUCUCGGGAGUCUCAUGGCAGCAUGUGCUAGCAACUUUCACAAUGAUUUCGACAUCACAUGGGGGGAUGGCCGUGGUAAGAUUAUUAACAAUGGAGAGGUUCUCACUCUCUCACUUGAUAAAGCUUCAGGUUCUGGUUUCCAGUCCAGGAAUGAGUAUCUUUUUGGCAAGAUUGAUAUGCAGCUCAAGCUUGUACCUGGAAACUCUGCUGGAACAGUCACUGCCUAUUAUUUAUCUUCGAAAGGAUCAACAUGGGAUGAAAUUGAUUUCGAGUUCCUUGGAAACCUAAGCGGCGACCCUUACAUUCUCCACACCAAUGUAUUCAGUCAAGGAAAGGGCAACAGAGAGCAACAGUUCUAUCUCUGGUUUGAUCCAACUGCGGAUUUCCACACUUAUUCCAUCCUCUGGAAUCCUCAACGCAUCAUCUUCUCUGUGGAUGGUACACCCAUCAGAGAGUUCAAAAACAUGGAAUCACUUGGUGUCCCAUUCCCAAAGAACCAGCCCAUGAGAAUUUACUCAAGCUUGUGGAAUGCUGAUGACUGGGCCACAAGAGGUGGUCUGGUUAAGACCGACUGGACCCAUGCUCCUUUCACUGCCUCAUACAGGAACUUCAACGCCAACGCUUGUGUGUGGUCCAAUGGAGCUUCUUCCUGCAAAUCAAAUUCCCCAUCAACCAACAAUGCGUGGUUUUCUCAAGAGAUGGAUUUAACUAAUCAACAAAGGCUGCAAUGGGUGCAGAAGAACUACAUGAUCUAUAACUACUGCACUGACGCCAAGAGAUUCCCUCAAGGGCUACCCCCAGAUUGCAAGAUGUCUUAAAAGACUUGUGAGCCUGUGACUUGGGGAUAAUUAAAUUAGAUAUUAAUAUUCAUUAUUCUUUGAUUUGUUAUUAUCUUUCUGUUUAUAUUUAGAGAAUUUUCAUUACAUUUGUAUG